AUGCCGGCCCAUCCCGCAUCCAGUAGCGGUUCCGGUGUCCGUACCUCGUCCCUAUCCAGUGCAUGUGCCGGUGGACCGACCGGUAGCCGUUCCCGUGCCGCAGCCCUAUCCGGUUACUGUUACCAGGUUCUCGGAGUUGUGGCGCUGCUGGGAGUUGCGCACGCCGGAUUCGUGUCCUAUCCGAAAAUUACACAGAAACGAGCCCUUUAUGGCGGCUAUGGCGGUUAUGCCGGCUAUGGCUACGGAGGAUUAGGCUAUGGACUCGGGCUAGGAGGAUUGGCAGGAUCUCUCUAUGGGGCAGGCAUAGGCCCGGUCAUAGGGCCAAGCAUCGGUGGUCCGUUGAUAGGUCCUUCGAUAGCUCCAGCUUUAGCCGCACCGGCUAUCUCAUUAGCCCCUACGGUAACUCGAAACAUUCACACACAUUCGACGGUUUCGCAGCCGGUCCCGGUUCCGGUGCCUACUCCCGUAGCCGUCCCCGUUACGCGCCACGUUGCCGUUCCCGUUCAGGUACCCGUUCCGGUUCCCGUUGAUAGGCCCAUCCCGCAUCCAGUAGCGGUUCCGGUGUCCGUACCUCGUCCCUAUCCAGUGCAUGUGCCGGUGGACCGACCGGUAGCCGUUCCCGUGCCGCAGCCCUAUCCGGUUACUGUUACCAGAACCGUCCCGGUGUCAGUGCCACAACCGGUCCCAGUUCCGCAACCUGUGCCGGUGCCACAGCCCAUUCCGGUACCGCAACCAAUUCCGUAUCCAGUUGCAGCUCCAGCCGUGCAGCCAAUUGCAAUUGCCCCUAGCUACGCUCCGGCCAUUGCCCCCAGUUAUGCACCGGCCUAUGCUCCAGCUUAUGCAGCCGGACCGGCCAUUGGUGGACCGAUCGUCAGCGGCGGCGGUGGUCUCAUCGGUGACGGCAUCAUCAGCGGUGGAGUUCUAGGCGGAACCAUUGUCGGCAGCGGGGGUCCACUGUUGCACUCCGGCAUCGGUCUGGGCAUCAAAAAGUACCUGGGUUAG